GCGGUGCGGGCGCGCGUGGACACCGCUCGCGUCCAGCUCCCCUGCCGCGGAUUGCGGGCGGCGGACGGCGCCUACGGCGCCAGGUGAGCGGGCGGGACUCGGGUGACUGGGGCCUGGGACCGCGGCGGCGGGCGCUGCCGUCCUGGCCGCGGACCUCCGGGCUGGGCCCUGGGUACCGCCGAGCUUUUGAGAACCACUCAGAGCCGCGGCCCGCAGCACCGACCUCUUCUGCAGGGAACGCGGCGAGUUUCGCAGGUGCAGUCGGAACCCUGGGUCCUGCGACCCGGCACACAGCUAGGGUAGAAUGCGGCCCGCGGGACGCCUGGUGACUAUCAAGAGGAGCGGGGCGGACGGAGCCCACUUCCCGCUGAGCCUCAGCACCUGCUUGUUUGGAAGGGGUACCGAAUGUGACAUUCGUAUCCAGCUUCCUGUAGUGUCGAAGCAACAUUGCAAAAUUGAAAUCAAGGAACAGGAGGCAAUAUUGUGUAACUUCAGUUCCAGUAAUCCAACACAAGUAAAUGGGUCUGCUAUUCAAGAACCUGUACCACUAAAGCAUGGAGAUAUAAUAACUAUUAUUGAUCGGUCCUUCAGGUAUGAGAAUGAAAGUCGUCAGAAUGGAAGCAAGUCAACAGAAAGUCCCGGGACAGCACGUGAACAGGAACCAGCGCGGCGAGCCUCCAGAGCUGGCUUUUCGGCUGAACCUGAUGGGAAAGAGCAAGAUUCCAAAGCCCAUUCAAAACUCACGGAAAGAAAUGCUGGGGGAAAUCCUCUGGAGUCUGCCAAGAAGCUCACAGGAGAGGGUUCUGCCUUGGAUGGUGCUGACCUGGAACCACCUAGCGCUUGGUCCUCAGAACAUCAGGGGCAUGAUGGCGGAAACACAGGGGAUCCCUCUUCUGGGGACUUGAAGGCCAAACCUAGGGUAACAGUAGGGAGCGGUUAUGGAUCACCGAGGUCUGUUCCCUCUCCGCAGAGCUUUGACAACCGCCAGGGAAGUGAAUCCCCCUUUCAGAAGCUUUAUCAGUCACUGAAGGAGGAGUUGGAUGCAAAACCAGGACAAAAUGUACAGUGUUGUAGAAAAUCAGGGUCACGUGGUGGCACAGCAGGGAGAGAAAGUGCUGGUGGCUUGCAGAGGGAGCCCCAGCUGUCCUGCAAACCAAGACAGAAAUCCAGGAGAAGCACCCUCACGAAGGAAGACCCUCCCUCUGAACCAGAAACCAACCAGACUGAGAAGGGAAGGGCCAUGGAGCCUGCAGAGGCCUCCGGGAAGCUGCCAGUUUCCAGCGUUCCUCUCUCUAAGACCACCAGGGAGAAGGCCCUUGUGCAGUGUCCUCAGCAGCCAAGUUCUGCACAGGAACACAAGGAUGAAGACCUGCAUGCAGCUCUGGGUGAAAGCACCUGCGUCAAGGCCGUUGAUGAGCCAGUCACUCCUGGGAAGCUUUUAACUAGAAAUCAAGCACCAACCAAAGCUGAGGGUGCUGCCAACCCUAGCAAAAAGCCAGAAAAUCUCUCUUCCAGAAGCAGGAGGAGUGCGCCUACAAAUAUGGAAGCACUACCCACGGAAAUCCAAAGCCAGCCUUUCUUAACUCAGCGUCUCCCUCAUGUUGAAAGGAAGAUUCAAAAGGAUUCCUUCAGCAGGCCUGAGAAAUUGGGCACAGCAGCUGGACAGAUUUGUUCGGGGUUACCUGGUCUUAGUUCAGUUGAUAUCAGCAACUUUGGUGAUUCCAUUAACAGGAGUGAGGACCUGCUUCUGAAGAGAAGGCGUGUGUCCUUUGGCAGUCGUCUAAGGCCUGAGUUAUUCGAUGAAAACUUGCCUCCUAACACACCUCUCAAAAAAGGGGAGACACCAGCCAAAAGGAAGUCUCUUGCAACUCACAGUCCAGCUGUCCUGAAGAAGAUCAUCAAGGAACAGCCUGCAUCACCAGGAACAGAGUUGUCUUCAGCAAUCUGCUGGGAAGUGAAAACAGAGAGAGAGUCCACAGGCUCCCUGGCUGCUGGUCCCAGAGAAACUGCACCAGGGCCAGGUGAUCAAAGACGCAGGUCAGGCAAGGCCUCAGCUGCCUCUGGUGGCAGCAAGUCCCCUCAAGACACUCCUAAGAGAGUGGGGAGGAAGAGUGGCCACCUGUCUUCAAAGAAGACAUCUAUCAGCCGAAGUCAACAUGGUAUUUUGCAGAUGAUUUGUUCCAAAAGGAGAAGUGGUGCUUCUGAGGCCAACCUCAUUGUUGCAAAAUCAUGGGCAGAUGUGGUUAAACUUGGUGCAAAGCAAACACAAACGAGAGUUGUGAAACAUGGCCCUCAAAGGCAGAUGACCCGGAGGCAGAGAAGACCUACUACUCCCAAGAAGCCUACUGGCAGCGUUCACAAUCAGUUCAGCACUGGCCACGCAAACUCUCCUUGUACCAUAAUAAUAGGGAAAGCUCAGAUUGAAAAAGUAAAUGUACCUGCUCGGCCCUACAGGAUGCUGAACAACUUGGUUUUCAAUCAGAAAAUGGACUAUGAUGAAGAUCUUUCAGGACUCACUGAAAUGUUCAAGACGCCAGUGAAGAAGGCAACCACAUCUCCUGGCACUCUUUCCAAUUCAGAGAAUUUGCUUGGAAAAAAGUCCCAAGUGCCUAACUCAGGAGGAAAACCUCUGCCCAUCACUUUGGAGAUUUUGGGAUCAAGUGUGUUCUCCAGUACACAGAAAACAGCAAAAGAACCAUCUGAUAAGCAUUUUGCAAGCCCAUCCCUAAGAAGGCAGAGCAUUAGAGAAAACGAAAACACAGUGAAAACGCCCAGGAACAUCAGUAAAGUGACUCAUUUUGAGAUGAGAACUCCAGACUUUUCACCGAAGCCUCUGAAGAUGGGACCCAGUGCCAGCAAGUUGAGAAGAUCUGUGGAUCUCAGAAAUGCGCAGGUGCCACGUGCAGAAAGCAAGAGUGAAGCAGAAGCAGAUGCUGCUGGGACCAAUCUGGGAAGACACCCGGAGGAGCGGAGAGGGGCCCCGGACCCACCCAGGGAAAGUACCGAGUCAGGAGAAAAGUGUGGCAAGAAGACAAAUGUGAGGAGAUCGAGAACGGGGGGCCAGGGGAGUGGAGCCCUUGCCAACCUCACAGACCCUGAGAAGACACUUGAAAUAGAACCCAGGAAAGACCUCUCAGGUAGCCAGCCGCUACCCCAAACACCAGCGUGCACCCAGCAAACAGCAGAACAGGAGGAAGAAGCCACUAACAUGUCCUGCAAUUCUCCCCAGCCAGAGCCAGUGAAUCCCACAGCAAGUAGGAAGAGACAGCACAGGAGAUCUCUGGGGAGGGCGGUCGUGCAAGAGGAGGCAUCUGCACUGAGGACGCUCGCACACGCAGAGCCAGGAGAUGAUAAAGGCAGCGGGGUGUUUAAGGGAACUGCAGAGCAGAACAAGGACCCAGUGGCGUAUGGAAGUGGAAUGAAGAGGGGGCCACGGACUCCUAAGAAAAAGACCCAACCCCUAGAGGACCUGGCCGGCUUCAGAGAACUGUUCCAAACACCAAAACACGCUGAGCAGUUCAAGACAGAUGGUAAAACAAGAGUGCUGGACAAGUCUGCCCAACCAGGACCUGUGGGAACCCCAAAGAGCCCAGAAACACAAGCCAGCUUACUGCGAGGAAAAGUGGACGUGAAGCAAGAGCGCCCUGCACGGGAGGAGCUCGGCGAAGCGCACGCUCCCAGAGGGCCGGGAGCGGUUGGCAGAGCAGUCAAGGCUUUUGAGGAGUCUGCCCAGCAGGUGCUGCACCCAGCAGCAGAUGUUACAGGCAGCAGGCAGCAGGCAGGGGCAGCUAAGGCAAAGGCCCAGCCCCUGGAGGACCUGGCUGGCUUCCAAGAGCUCUUUCAGACACCAGGCCGUGGCAAGGACCCAGAGAUUGCUGGAGAGACCACAGAUACACAUUGCAAAUCUGCAGAACCAGUAUCUGGGGAUACUCUAACACCUGUAAAGAGACGGCCAAGGACAAGUCUGCAGAAAGUGGAGGUGAAGGAAGAGCUCUCAGCACUCAGGAAACUGUCACAGUCCCCAGGCAGAGCCACACACACACCCACGGGACCAGCGCAAGAAGAGAAAGGCAUCAGAGCACUUACCAGAACUCCAAGGCAGAAGGCAAACUCAGCCGAAGAUUUAACUGGACUUAAGAGACAACCACGGACACCUAAGGAAAAGUCCCAGCCCCUGGAGGACCUGGCUGGCUUCCAAGAGCUCUUCCAAACCCCAGGCCACUACAAGGACUCAAAGACUGCUGGAGAAGCCACAGAUACACCUUGCAGAUCUGCAGGACUGGAACCAGUCAGAGCACCAGCAAGCACGAGGAGAAGGUCCAAGACAAGUGUGGGGAAACUGCAGGUGAAAGAGGAGGCAUCGGCACUGAGGGAGCUCACUCAAAUGUCAGGGAAGGCCACCCACACACCCAGAGUGCCAGCAGGUGAUGACGAAGCCAUCAGGUCUUUUGAGGAGCCUGUACAGCAGGCCCUGCAGCCAGCAGCAAAGGUGACGGGAAGCAAGUGGCAGCCAGGGGCAGCUAAGGAAAAGGCCCAGCCCCUGGAGGACCUGGCUGGCUUCCAAGAGCUCUUUCAGACACCAGGCCGUGGCAAGGACCCAGAGAUUGCUGGAGAGACCACAGAUACACCUUGCAGAUCUGCAGGACUGGAACCAGUCAGAACACCAGCAAGCAUGAGGAGAAGGUCCAAGACAAGUGUGGGGAAAGUGGAGGUGAAGGAAGAGCUCUCAGCACCCAGGAAACUGUCACAGUCCCCAGGCAGAGCCACGCACACACCCGUGGUACCAGUACAGUACAGACACAUCGACGCAAUUGUGGAAUCUCCAAGGCAGAAACUGGACCUGACUGAAAACUUAACUGGACUGAAGAGACAGUCACGGACACCCAAGGAAAAGGCCCAGCCCCUGGAGGACCUGGCUGGCUUCCAAGAGCUCUUCCAAACCCCAGACCGAUACAAGGACCCAAAGACUGCUGAUGGAACCACAGAAAUCCUGUGCAAAUCUACAGAACCAGAACCAGUCAGAGCAUUAGCAAGCACAAGGAGAAGGUCCAAGACAGAUGUGGGGAAAGUGGAGGUGAAGGAAGAACUCUUGGCACUCAGGAAACUGUCACAGUCCCCAGGCAGAGCCACGCACACACCCACGGGACCAGCGCAAGAAGAGAAAGGCAUCAGAGCACUUACCAGAAUUCCAAGGCAGAAGGCAAACUCAGCCGAAGAUUUAACUGGACUUAAGAGACAACCACGGACACCUAAGGAAAAGUCCCAGCCCCUGGAGGACCUGGCUGGCUUCCAAGAGCUCUUCCAAACCCCAGGCCACUACAAGGACUCAAAGACUGCUGGAGAAGCCACAGAUACACCUUGCAGAUCUGCAGGACUGGAACCAGUCAGAGCACCAGCAAGCACGAGGAGAAGGUCCAAGACAAGUGUGGGGAAACUGCAGGUGAAAGAGGAGGCAUCGGCACUGAGGGAGCUCACUCAAAUGUCAGGGAAGGCCACCCACACACCCAGAGUGCCAGCAGGUGAUGACGAAGCCAUCAGGUCUUUUGAGGAGCCUGUACAGCAGGCCCUGCAGCCAGCAGCAAAGGUGACGGGAAGCAAGUGGCAGCCAGGGGCAGCUAAGGAAAAGGCCCAGCCCCUGGAGGACCUGGCUGGCUUCCAAGAGCUCUUUCAGACACCAGGCCGUGGCAAGGACCCAGAGAUUGCUGGAGAGACCACAGAUACACCUUGCAGAUCUGCAGGACUGGAACCAGUCAGAACACCAGCAAGCAUGAGGAGAAGGUCCAAGACAAGUGUGGGGAAAGUGGAGGUGAAGGAAGAGCUCUCAGCACUCAGGAAACUGUCACAGUCCCCAGGCAGAGCCACGCACACACCCGUGGUACCAGUACAGUACAGACACAUCGACGCAAUUGUGGAAUCUCCAAGGCAGAAACUGGACCUGACUGAAAACUUAACUGGACUGAAGAGACAGUCACGGACACCCAAGGAAAAGGCCCAGCCCCUGGAGGACCUGGCUGGCUUCCAAGAGCUCUUUCAGACACCAGGCCGUGGCACGAGCCCAGACACUGCUGGAGAGACCACAGAUACACCUUGCAAAUCUGCAGAACCAGUAUCUGGGGAUACUCUAACACCUGUAAAGAGACGGCCAAGGACAAGUCUGCAGAAAGUGGAGGUGAAGGAAGAGCUCUCAGCACUCAGGAAACUGUCACAGUCCCCAGGCAGAGCCACACACACACCCACGGGACCAGCACAAGAAGAGAAAGGCAUCAGAGCACUUACCAGAACUCCAAAGCAGAAGGCGAACUCAGCUGAAGAUUUAACUGGACUUAAGAGACAACCACGGACACCUAAGGAAAAGUCCCAGCCCCUGGAGGACCUGGCUGGCUUCCAAGAGCUCUUCCAAACCCCAGGCCACUACAAGGACUCAAAGACUGCUGGAGAAGCCACAGAUACACCUUGCAGAUCUGCAGGACUGGAACCAGUCAGAGCACCAGCAAGAAUGAGGAGAGGGUCCAAGACAGAUGUGGGGAAAGUGGAGGUGAAGGAAGAACUCUCACCAAGGAUAAAACUAAAGCAAACCUUAGGAGAAACUGUACCCAUCCAGGAAGAAUCCCCAGGUGGUAAUAAAGGGGUUAAGAUAGUAAAACCUGCAAAGCGGAAACUGGAUGAAGCAGAAAAAGUAACUGGCAGCAAGAGGCGCCGAGGGGCACCUAAGGAAAAGGCUGAGUCCCUGGAGGACCUGGCUGGCUUCCAAGAGCUCUUCCCAGCACCAGGCCCCACGGAGGCACUCACAGAUGAUAAGACUACAGAAGUGCCCUGCAGUUCUCCACAACCAGAACCAGUGGACAGGCCAGCAAGCACGAAGAGAAGGCCCAGGACUCGGACCCGGACAGCAGAGGUGCAAGAGGAAUCCCCAGCAGUGAGAAGGUCAGCCCGGACAGCACGGGCCACCACGCGCAUGCGCAGAGCACCAGGAGGUGAGGACCAGGGCAGUGGAGCUUUUGAGGAGCCUGCACAGCAGACCCUGGCCCCAGCAGCAAGAGCAGUGGGCAGCAGGAGGCUGCGAGGGGCCCAGCCCCUGGAGCACCUGGCUGGCUCCGAAGAAACAAUCCCAGCACCAGGCCCCCCGGAGGGACCAACAAGUGAAGAAAAAACCACAAAAAUAACCCGUAAGCCUCCACAGCCAGAACCCAUGGAAACUCCAGCACCGUCAAAGAGACAGCUCAGGGUGAGACUCAGGAAAGCACCUGUGACCCAAGAGCUGCCAGUGCAGGGAGAGGUGACAGCGACAUCAGGGGGACCCAUGCACACACCCCAAGAACCUGAAGGGGACAGUAAAAAUAUCAAAGUGGUCAAGGAACCUGUGAAGCGGAAACUGAAUCCUACUGCGGGUGGAGCGGGCAGCAAGAGGCGCCGAGGGGUGCCUGAGCAGAAGACCCAGCCCCGGGAGGACUGGGCUGGCCUCACAGAACCAGUCCCAGCACCAGGCCCCACGGAGGCACUCACAGAUGAUGAGAAGACCACAGAAGUGCCCUGCAGUUCUCCACAACCAGAACCAGUGGAUAGGCCAGCAAGCACGAAGAGAAGGCCCAGGACUCGGACCCGGACAGCAGAGGUGAAAGAGGAAUCCCCAGCAGUGAGAAGGCCAGUCCGGACAGCACGGGCCACCACACGCAUGCGCAGAGCACCAGGGGAUGAGGACCAGAGCAGCGGAGCUUUUGAGGAGCCUGCACAGCAGACCCUGGCCCCAGCAGCAAGAGCAGCGGGCAGCAGGAGGCUUCGAGGGGCACCUGAGGGCAGGGCCCAGCCCCUGGAGCACCUGGCUGGCUCCGAAGAAACAAUCCCAGCACCAGGCCCCCCUGAGGGACCAAGAAAUGAUGCUCACAGCCUGAAGAGCAAUCUAAGGCAAACAGCUGAAAGAUCAACACCUCUGAUGACGAGCAGAAGACUCCUUAGGGCCCCUAAAGCAAAGCCAGUGGAAGACAAGGUGGAAGUGGGCAGCAGACACCCAGCAGCAUCUCGAGGCAGAAGCCGGGUUCCCCUGCCGGAGGGCGAAGCUGGAAAAGAUGGGCUUCUCUCAGGACGUGGGGGCCUGUGCUCAGAGACUGCGCCACAGGACGCUGCGCAGGCGAAGGCAGGCCACGGGAAAAGGCGCAGAGGCAGCUCUCCCGAGCCCCUGGUCAUGAAUAAGGGUCUAAAAAUUUUAAUAAGUAGAAUUGAACCUGUGGAAGAGCACAACAGCAGCAUGGGAGCUGAACGAAAGGAGAGAGCAGAAGACUCCGCUCCUGCAGACACGGGAAUAUUGCUGCGAACCAGACAUCAAAAAAAAACUGAAGGAGAACAGCAAAGAACUAAGUUUACUAGAUCAGCAACAAAUGUAAAAAUGAAGAGGCAGGAGAAGAAGCCCAUGGAAACCUGCCAGGAGGUGGAGCCCCAGAACCUAGAUGAUGGAGAUGAGAAACCUUCGUGCAGGGGCAAAGUCAGGGAAAGGAGAGUGUGCUUGAGAUCUGGAAGACGGAAUCAGAUUUCCCAGCCUCACACAGCAGAGCAGGAAGUGAGGGAGAAAGGCUUGGCAAUCCCCACCAGGAACCAGGAAGAGAAAGGAGCAGCCACACAUUCAGACCUCAGGUGUCUGAGGUCCAGAAAGCCAGGCACGCAGCCCACACUGGAGAGUGAAUCUGACCAGAGAGUCACGCGAGGAGCCAAGAGACUGCAGAAAACCUAAAGAAGGAUAAGGACACAGUGUGCACCAAGAAAAUAAGAAGCAGAAGUCAUCGGGACAGUGAAGAUAUUUAGCAAAGAAAUUUGAGGGGGAAAAAUAUAAUAAAGUUAGUUUAGUGAUAGAUUUUUAGUAUAACUUUUGAUACCAAUAUAAAAAUGAAUUCUGUAAAUAAUGAUAAUGGGUGUGUUUAUGGGAAGGAAGCUCAGAAUGUUCAGGCUCGGUUUGUCCUUAGAGCCCUGCGUGGGUUCCACAAGGGGCAUCACUGGCCAGUACCUGAGUCGUAACAAUCUGUCCGGGGCAGGUGGCAAAGCGUGUUUCCUCCGUGCUGCGGAAUAAAGCCCUACU